AUGGCGUCCGCUCGACUUCACCCCGCACCGCCAGCGUUUGUCGCACCUGACGGAGGAGGCGGCGGUGGCGUCAGCGGAGCGGCAACGACUGCUGCCGCGGCCGCCGCUGCGGCGGCCGCGGCAUUCCUCGACCUGUCGAGCCACGUGGAGCUCGCCUCGUACCACGACUUCCGGCUCUCCGAGCUGCGCGCCGCCGGUGCGGCAGCCGCGGCGGCGCACGGCUUCGGCGGGCCCUUGGCGCCGUACGCGUUCGAAGCCGGCAGCGGCGGUCCGCCGCCGGACGCCUUCUCGCCCCUGGCCUGGGAAGGCCUGGGCGCGCCUUCGGCCGCCGCGGGUGCCUACCAGUCGGCGUUCGAGUUCGGCCCCUUCGGUAUCGGCGGACACCACUCGGCGGGAGGAGGUGUGUCGGCCCCUUCGUCGGGGUCUCGCUUCCCGGCCAUGACGGUGCAGGGUAAGAGGUCACCCGCGGGGGCUGCCCAGCAGAACGGCUUCGCGUGCCCGCCGCACGGCGGCAGCGGGAAGAGCAAGCCGCGGCGCCGGGUGGCCACCGUGGCUCAGCGCAGGGCGGCCAACAUCCGAGAGCGACGCCGCAUGUUCAACCUCAACAGCGCCUUCGACAAGCUGCGCAAAAAGGUACCGACGUUCGCAUACGAGAAGCGGCUGUCCCGCAUCGAGACGCUCCGCCUAGCCAUCAUGUACAUCGCCUUCAUGACCGAGGUCGUGGGCUGCUCCAAGGACGACGCCGAGCCGUGCGCGGAGGACGCAUUAGUUGCACCAUCUGGCACCGGUAGCGUCGGCGGCUUCCCUCCGCACCACCACCACCACCACCACCAACUCACCGGAGAUGUGCCGCUGGAAGACGCGGCACUCUGGGGCCCGGGGCGGCCGCUGGCUGGAGCCGCGGGCGCCGAUGCCCUGGGCCAUUUGUGCCCGUCCUCGAGGCAAGUGUGACCCCUGACGCUGCUGGAGCCGGCUGCCUACGUGUUUCCCAGGUGAACGCAGACAGCCUCGGUGGCCAGCAGCGGUGGCGCGAGCGAGGCCGAAAGACACACUGCAGGGACGAUUUUGGUUGCGUGUCACAUGUUGCGAUAGUGUCGUGACGCCACGGGCACCACCGUGUGCCAGAAAAAUAUACGAAGCUCUCCACUGGCAAUGUUCGUCAAUAUGUGCCGGUGUCGCCGACUGUGUGAUACGAAAUUCUGCGUUAGAGACAGUCGUGCACCUAGGACACAUUGAAUGAAGUGGUCCUUGGAGCAAGAAUUUAUACAAGCCACAGUGACCCCGUGGCGAGGACGUUGACUGCAUGCUUUGUACGUCAGUGGUUGUUUGCUGCAAGCCUCAAUUUGUCACGUCAAAAGUCUGAUGGUGAUACCAGUGCAGUUUAGCGCAUCUUAUGCUAAUAGACUGAUAAAUUGAAGCAGCCCUUGUGAGCGGCAGCUGAAUACCGAUAGCAUGUAAACUAAACGUGCAAUUUUGCUAGUCGCUUCGUUCAUAAAGAGAGUAAUAUAUUAUGGCCUGAUACUCAGAGGAAUCUUGCAAUCAUUACCAGCGCAAGUUUACCGUAACGACGACGUUGUCACAUCGUGACUCAGUGACUAGAAUUAUAAAGUACCUCUCAGACAAUUACGCUUUGAUUUUAAGGGCCCUGCGAAGAAGUUAUCCCACUGAGAAUCUCGACGAGGAAGCUUGAUGCUACCACCCUUUUUAUUAAUUUUUUUUCGCCACGCUUUGGGCAUGUUUGAGACGACAUAAGCUUGUGAAACUACACCAGGUAUAGCGGUCACAGGUCCAGGUUUAAAUGCCGAGUUAAAAUGAGUCUUAAAGCGCCCCUCACCAGGCCCCAUAGCAAAUUUCGAUUGUGCGCUGGAAGUUGUUACUUUUCCUCUAGAGAGCGUUCUACCGCGAAAAUGUUUCAAAUAGGCUCAUUAAAAGCCGACAUGUAAAUAUUC